CCGCUUUCUAUGUGCAGGAGCCAUUACGAUUUGCAUUUCAGCUCAUGGACGAUUGACUCUUUCCGGUUGUAAAUCGCGUGAGGAACGAUGGGUAAACCCAGAGGUCUUCGCACCGCGCGCAAGCACGUGAAUCACAGACGUGAGCAGCGAUGGAAUGAUAAAGACUACAAAAAGGCACAUUUGGGAACUAGAUGGAAGGCCAAUCCCUUCGGCGGUGCUUCUCAUGCUAAAGGCAUCGUCUUGGAAAAAGUCGGUGUAGAGGCCAAACAGCCAAAUUCUGCCAUUCGUAAGUGCGUCAGGGUACAGCUGAUUAAGAACGGAAAGAAGAUUACAGCUUUCGUGCCGAGGGACGGUUGUCUUAACAACAUCGAGGAGAACGAUGAAGUUCUAGUGGCGGGUUUCGGUCGUAAAGGCCAUGCCGUCGGUGAUAUUCCUGGAGUACGAUUUAAGGUGGUGAAAGUCGCAAACGUUUCUCUGCUUGCUCUUUACAAAGAGAAGAAGGAGCGACCUAGAUCUUAGAUUAUAAACUUCCAGAGAUGUAUGUCAACAGACAAAUAUAAACACAUAAGUUAAAAACCUA